AUGGAGGCGUCGAGGUCGUCGUCGUCGUCGCCGGCGGCCGCGCGGGAGGUAGCGACGACGACGACGGUGGCCAAAGAGAUGGAGAUAGAGGCGGCGUCGAAGAGGAUGACGCAGACGGCGGCGCGGGAGGUAGCGACGCUGCCACUGGGCAUGGUGGUGGUGCAGGCCAUUAUGGUGGGGAUGGUUCUGCUGUCCAAGAUGGCGCUCAACGCCGGCAUGCGCCCUAUGGUGCUUAUUGUUUACCGGAGCAUAGUUGCGGCAAUCGUGGUCGCGCCACUUGCCUUCGUCUUCGAGAGAGUCGUCCUGGCAAUGGGGCUGUACUACUACGGGCUGCAGAGUACCAGUGCCGCCUACUCUGCCAUUUUCCUGAACCUGAUUCCCAUCGUCACCUUCAUCAUUGCCAUCAUCCUCAGGGCAGAGGAUCUGGCACUGCGAACGUGGCCUGGCAGGACCAAGGUGUUGGGCGCUGUGCUGUGUGUGGGCGGCACAAUGGUGGUGAGCCUUUUGAAAGGCCCGCUGCUGCACCUGUGGCCUAGGACCCUCGCGGACGCCGAGGCACCAGCAGCAGCAGCGAGCCCCGGCGGCGGCUCAUCUCAUUCUCACCACGGCAUGGUCACCGGCACACUCUUCUUGUGCGGCAGCUGCCUCAGCUACGCCCUCUGGCUCAUCGUCCAGGCAAGGCUUGCGAAGGUGUUCCCAUCGAAAUAUUGGAUGACGAUGCUGACCUGUGUGGUAGGAAGCUUGGAGUCGUUGGUUGUUGGCAUGUGCAUCAGCCAUGACCAUGCAGAAUGGGCGCUCAAAUGGGACAUGCAGCUCCUAACCGUUGUCUACUCGGGCGUGCUGAAUACAGGCGUCACGUUCGUACUCAUCUCAUGGGCCGUUAGCCGGCGUGGACCAAUCUACCCUCCCAUGUUCAACUCCCUGUCCCUCAUCGUCGCUACCAUCCUCGACUCGGUGCUCCUCGGCACCAACAUUUACCUCGGAAGCGUGCUAGGGACCCUGUUGAUAGUCGUGGGCCUAUAUGCGUUCCUGUGGGGCAAAGGCAAGGAGGCGAAGAAGAAGAAGGCCGCAGCGGCGGCGAGGCAGGAGGCGCAUCAUAAUCAUCAGGACCAAGGCGGAGUACUCCAACUCGAGAUUGUUUAAUUAUUAGCUGCACGUAGCUAAUUAACCCUACAACUGAGAGUCAUUGAUGUAGCCAACAUAUAUACUGUAUAAUGCAUGUAUAUACGUAUAGUAGCUUAUUCGCGAGUGAGUGCGGUACGUAAUAUUGCUAUUUCUUGUUCGUCGGUACGUACAACGACUCUACUUAUUAUGUGGAUGUUCUUGUU